GCGGCCGUAUAACGCACGUCACGUCUAGCUAGCGCCAAUUAAAAAACAAAUUAAAAAGAACAAAGCGCGCGCGAUCGCAUUCGGCCAUGAAAAAUUGGGCGUGACUUUAUGAUUUUAGUCACCGCACUUCCGCUCUCUUUCUGUUUUUAUUGAAUAGAAAGAGAAGGGUAGAACAUGUGGGGUCAGGUAGAAGUUUAUUUAUAAAGUUUGUUAGUCUGCAAGAUUGCUUCGCACGGUGUAUACGUUCUUUCUUACUCGAAUAUAGACAAGAUAAACAACGUUUAAAGUGACCAAGUCUUGUACUUACGUUUAAUGUUAUUGAUAUGAAUUUAAUACGUAUACUACUACUUUUAUAAUACACCGUUUAGACACUUUUAAUUACUGUUAAAGUGCUCAAAUAUGUAAGUCAAGAAUUGGUCAGUGAGUGAAAAUGCAAAGAAAAAAGUCAAGGUUAAACUGUCGCGAAACUCGUGAGUGAAGUGACAAAAAAUGUUCCUAUGUGAAGUGGUGAAAGAAAAUUAAAAAAGUGAUGUUCAUUAAUUGUUUUACGGAAAGACAAUUGAAUUUUAUAAGUAUGCGGCGAAGAAGAAUAUGCAAAUUUAUAGGAAGCCGCAAAGGCCUUCUCUUCCUCAUGGCCAUACUACCAGUUUUCUACGUAUCCUGGCAGCUCAGCCAAGUGGUGGGGGAAGUGUUUAUCCCACCACCCCCACUGGAUCAGGUGCUCCACCAUUUCCGGGCUAAUAGGAGUUUAGUACAUUACUUGGACAAUAUAAAUCUCCUCAUAGAACCAUCAUCAAUCUGCCAGCAAAAGGUCCCAAUCCUCAUCCUUGUUACCAGCACCCCCUCCCACCAUCGCCACCGUAAUGUCAUCAGAGACACCUGGGGGAAACAUCAGGAGACGUACUUCUUCCUUGGACUUAGCCAGGAUGACGAUCGAUUGGCAGACGCCUACAUCGAAGCGAAGCAGCACAGUGACCUGAUAGUCCACGAGUUUAACGACCAUUAUCAGAACCUGACUAUAAAGGUGGCGCUGAUGCUGCAGUGGACGCUCCACCGCUGUCCACAGGCGGAGUUCGUGUUCAAGACUGAUGAUGAUGUCCUGGUCAACCCCAAUACUUUGAAGGAGGUGAUCAGAGACAAUAGGGAUGCAGCGUUAUUCGGGUACAAGAAAGAGAACAGUGUACCACACCGAGACGAGUACACCAAGUGGUACCUCCCCCGGUGGCUGUACAACGAAGACCUGAUUCCGGAAUAUCUUUCCGGGACGGGAUAUAUCAUUAGUGGUAAAAACCUAAAAGAAAUCUUCAACACCGCCCUCCGUAUACCUCUCAUCAAUAUGGAAGACGUCUACUUUACUUACCUAGUCGCCAACAGAGCCCUAGGGCUUCCGCUCAUCCACGAGAGAAGACUGAGCCCAUACAAACCUUGGAUAUUCACGUGUCCAUUCAAAAACUACGCUUCCAUGCAUAGUCUUAGUCCAGAGGAGAUGGAGAGUAUUUGGCCGAGGAUACAGAAUUUAGGGAACUUUUGUAAUUAUUUUACUAGUGAGUUGUUAUUGUAUUAGUAUUUUUUCAUCACACUCCCACAGUAAAUCAGCAAUCGCGCACAAGUGGAGCGGGAGUUAUAGGAAACCGUUCUCCGUAGGAAGUUAUGAACUUUCUAACACCGUAUUUAAUAUUUUUUUUUAUCUUUUACAAUUUGAAAAACAUUGUGUUGUGUGUAACUCGGGGCGUAAGAUUCCAAACUCAAGUCUUUAAAUUUAAUUAAACUUACGUCCCAAGUUGCACAAUGUUACUAUUGAGGUUUAGGGAUCGAUCUGAUAUUUGAAAAAAGACUGAGUCCAUGAGGUAACAGUACCAUUCGACACGCUAAUGCCCAAUAGUUCAUAGUCAUAGUUCCCUAAAAGUUUGUACAUUUGGAUCAUGUCUUCGAUUUUGAUAAAAAUGGGAAGGCUGAUAGAGUCCACGAUGCUGAGCAAGAUCCACUAGGUUUCCCAAAAUAUCCUAGGUAGUUAAAAAAUAGAAACGAUGUUUUUCACUGUAUUAUUUAGUGUUUUUGGAGACGUUUUAUAUAUUUUUUUCUAUUUGGUAAAAAAGCUAAAUAAUAUGAAAAAUAUAUUAAUCAUGUAUUUUUGUCAUAUAUUAAAUAUAUUAUAUUUUUAUUUCGAGUUUACCUGUCUAUUUAGAAACACUCUAAAAAAAAUAGAAACGAUGUUUUUUUACUGUAUUAUUUACUGGUUUUGGAGACGUUUUAUAUAUUUUUAUU